AUGAUAACUUGCAUCGGCACGGCCUCAGAGAUCAAACUCUUGGCUCACAGCUGCGGUGGCGAAUUACGUCCUAGGCGGCGUUUAGGGUUGGGCGAGCGGGCGGGCAUCCGCAAUGUCUUUGAAGAUCAUCCCAGCGGCAUUUAUUACUGGAAGCCGAGGGAAUCGACGGGACUGGUGGCUGUGGUGGUGAUGGUGACGGAGGAGGGAUACAUCACUCAAAGUGCGCCUAAGGGUGACGAGGAAGGCGUGCAGCUUCGGGGAAUAGUCCGCAAGCUUUUCGAUACUAAACUUCACUGGAAGUACGGGCAGGGACAUAAGAAGGCCGACCCCGACCAUGGUUUCAGCACCUCCUUCUCCAAGACUGGCCAGCGCAAGUACGUUCCCGGAGCCAUCUACUGCGACCUUGAGCCCAACAUCGUCAACAAGGCCCGCACCGGGCUCUUCCAUCCAGAGCACAUGAUCACCAUCACUGGAAAGGGCCAAGCUUCCAACAACUACUCUGGUAACCACCAUGCAGUCGACAAGGAGCUUAUCGACCAGAUCUUCAACAAGCUUCGUCGCGUCGGCGACGCGACGCGGAGACGGGAAAACGACACCGUAGCACAGACCGAACAGCAGCUUGUAGACCGCCUGGAGGCAUAUUCACGAUAA